CUUUCGACGAUCGGCGCAGAGCGACGUGACUUUGGCUCAGAUUCCGUGCUCUGCGUGUGCCGUUUUCGCUGAAAGCCGUGUGCCGUGCCGUGCAGUGCGGACGCCACAGUUUUCCCAACUUUUCCUCUCGCGGUCGCGCGACUUCUGGAAAGGGUGGAAACCGGGUGGCCUGCACUCCAGCACUCGAAACGAACCGACUUAGAACGAACCGACUGCGUCACCGCCACUGCUGUACGCUGAGCUCGGGACGGCCUCUAGCUCUGUGUGUGCGCGCGCGCGCUAAUGAGAGAGAAGCAGCAACAGCAGCAACAGUAGAAGCAGAAAAUACAGAGCGCACCAGCGGCAGUGUUAGUGCGAUUUUGACGUGAUCAAACCUCCUGUGGUGCCGGUGCAAUAGCAAUAGCACACGGCAAAAGGAAAACUCGAAAAGCAACAUCGAAAGAAGGAAAUAUUAACGCGAUCGCGAGGCCAACCGGCAAAGCGAAACCAAAGAAAGAGAGCGAGAAACAGAUAGUGAGUUGAAAGGAGAAGAAAAUAGCAACCAGCCCGAGAGCCAGCCAGUGUGUGCCAGAGUGUGAACAAGUGAACCGAGAAGUGCCAGCAAACACACAGAUACCGUUUUCGGAGGCCGGAGCCGCAUAAGGCAGCAGAGAAGGAAAGCAAAAGGAAAAUCCGUCCGCCCGCCACCCUCUUUAGUGAACGAAACGAGUGUGUGCGCCCGUGUCUCUUGGGUAGUAGGCAACGACAGCAACGACGGUGAAGACGACGACGGCGAAGGCACACGCAAAGUAGGCCAGAGCAUCUUCUCUCGGAGUUGCAGCGCACACGGCUCGCGCGAGGAAAGUGAUCGGGAAAAUCAAUCCGAUUUUCAUUACGCAAUUCCGAGACACCACGCGUCGUGUGCCGGUGCCACUAGGGAAAAAGCGAGAAACGUGGAGGGUGUGUUCAGUGUUCGGAGUGCAACGAGGUGCAGCAGUGGUGCAAGGACAAUCCAAGUGCAACUGCCAUUAGGGGGGAGUGCCCAGUGGGUGGUGGUUUCGUGGUAGAUUUUCCGCCGAAGAAGAAGACGACAACGUUUGACGUGCCUCCUGAUGCACGGGUGCAUCUUGUCCCGGUGAUGAUGUCGCUUGAAAGAUGAUGGCCACCGGACGACGGUCUCUUCCCUGACGACGUGGUAGUGCAGUGUGGUUUGUGUGCAGGCGAGGAACGCCACAUCGUUUCACUUUCUUCUUCUCAUCAAUCGAACGGGACCCGUGUGCAGUGCGGCCAUUUUUUUUUCGGUGGGGAGUGCCUGUGGUUUGCUAUCAGAAGCUAGAGAGAAGAGGAGGUGAAAAAACGACACGCGAAACCGAAGACAUCAAUCGUGGCAACCGCUUACUGCUGCCGGUGACGCCGUUAGCUCGAGAACCGAGGAGCAGACCGACGACGCGCUGCCUACUGAGUGUGUCGUGUUACCUCGUUAACAAUCUUCAAGAAUUUCAAGGCGAUCGCGUGCGUUCCAUUACGCAAAGCAGCAAGCAGAAGAAGAAAAAGAGGAGAUCUUUACUCGCCUCUCGUUGAAGAAGGAUCCCGAAGACAUCAAUCGCCAUUACAAGUUGGCAUUCAACCGGAAGUCACAGUAAACGCCACGAACCGAACGGAAAGAUGUCUGCGAAUCGAUUGUGGAACUGGUGCUGGUUACUGGUGGUUCUACUCGCACUAACGACCAGUUCGGAGGCCACCAGCUGCCCCCCAGGAUGCCACUGUACUGCCGUUAAUGCAACGAUCCGGUGUACGAGUGUGACUGGAUUGCGAUCACUCGACAAAACGCAACCAAUCGGUCGGCUCGAGUUGUCCGGUCUUAAUCUUACGAAAGUACCGGCCCUCCUGGAGAACGUACGCAACAUCACGGAACUGGAUCUGUCUAGCAAUCAGCUGGCCGAAGUGAAUCAUCUGAGCCGGAGGAUCCGAACGCUGAACCUCAGUCACAACCGCCUCACUUCCGCUAAGCUCGCUCGCCUUCCACUGUUCGUGGAAUCACUCAAUCUAACGCACAACUCGAUCACCUACCUGCCGCUAUCGAUGAUGAAACUGAAACGAUUACGCUACAUCGAGCUGGCCAGCAAUCCGAUCAACUGUACCUGCGAAACGCUUCACGUCCGCAACUGGCUAACAUCGCGACACGUUUGGUCGGACGAACACAUCAAGUGUAGCGCACCGCAAGAGUUCAAGGGUCGACCAUGGCUUCAGGUGCGCCAAUCCGACGUUUGCCACCCAUCGGUGGUGGAGGAACGCAACCGUGGCGCCAAUCACCAGAACGAAGACGAAUACGGUGACGAAAACGAUCUAAUGCUGGGUGAUCAAGCGGUGGUACCGAUGGCCGAUGAAGCAGAGGAGGAUGAUCUGGGCCGUGAGUUCUUACCCGUAGGUGGUGAGCGAGUGAAACGACGGAUCGAUCAUCCGGCGGUAGAUACGACGGAUGUGGCGAUCGAUGACGAAGCUUCCGGUGAUGGUGGACCGCCGCCCGGUGAGGAUGUGCCCGCGAUCAGCCAGGAGGCACGCGCCAAUCUGAUCGAUGAACCGAAAGUCGAAGGCAGUGGAAUGGACGAGGCAGAGGAUGGCCAUUCGGGGACGACGACACCGGUGACGCGACUGUUUGCCGAGACGGAAGAUCCUUCGCCGGAUGGUGAUGUUGAUGAUGAUGGAAGCGGUGAUGACGUGUUGCCGAUCGACAUUCCGCACCACAUUUCGGGGUUGGGUAUUUUCCAGGACACGACACCGGAACCGGAAGUACCGAGCACCAUGGGAGAGGCAGAGAAACCACGAAGGAUCAGUCAUGAUGGGGAUGUGAAACCGGACGACGGUGGUAAGGGCGACGAUGAGAAACCUCUACUCCCGCCAUCGACGGUAGCGGAACAGAAUCUAUCGGAUGCACCGAAAGAGGACAACACUAACACGUACAUCUUGCUGGCCGUACUGGGCAUCAUUGUGGUUUCGUUGAUCAUUACCGUGAUCUGCAAGCGCAAACCGGACUCCCAGCGUAACCGACGUGGCAAGUACGACGUCGAGGGUGCGAACCAGGGCCGUGAGAUGAAGGAAAUCAACAAGAACCUACUGGAGAAGGUACCACCGGGUGAGCGGAACGGUCGGAAUGGUGCACCGGAAGCGACACCACUAAUGGGCUCGUCCCCAACGGACUACGACAAGGUGUUUGGUGGUCAGGAUGGACAAAAGAAGGGCUUCACUCCGGUCAAGCCACAGCGUGCUUCACUCGAGCGGCCACUGGAAUCGUUUAAACCGGAGCAGCAGCAGCAGCAACGGAAUGGUGGCCGAAGUCAGGAACCACCGGUAGACCGGGAGAACAAUAACAGUACGGCGCUGCCCAAUGGGAACGGUGCGGUACCAAAUGGAACAGCCCCAGUGGUGGCCCCGGGAGUCCAUCAGCCCCAUCCCCACCAUCAAGUGCCAUCGGCGGACACUCCGGAUGACGGGGGACGUCUGCUAGCGGAACCGAUCUCCGGUCCGGAGUCACCGCGCUCGAAGCGUUACAGUCCGAUCUAUGUGCCUACCUCGCCAAAGUCCGAUCGUUACUCGCCGGUGUACUCACCGGAGACGGGUCGCGUCAAGAUUAAGCUCACGGAGACGCCCAAACCAAAGACUCCGAUCCUGGUGACCCGGAGUCGCUCCCGGGCCGGUGACAUCAUUAUGACGACCAACGAUGACCAAAAGUUCUAGGAGAGUGCUGUCCUGUCAUCAGUCCGUAGUCCUAUCGUAAUGGCCAUCCCCCCUGCCCCACCACGGCUCUCCCUGCUCGGUUGCAUGGCUUAUGAAGCACAAAGAAGGACCUCGCUCCCCGGGGGGGGGGGAGAUUUGCAGCGCGAGUAACUGGAAGCGGAUUGCGUCACUGGAGCGAAUCGCGGAUGAGGUCUUCCGUUUGGCCGCAAUUAUUGUGCCUAGUAUCAGAACAGAUGGGAUUUGUUAUCAUGAUGCUGCUCCUGUGUGCUUUGGAAGAAGAAUCCACAACGAAGAAUUAAACAAACGUAUCGAGCCUCGUGAAGGAUCCCUAAUAAAUUCCGUUUGUCCGUGCUCUUCCCUCCCGCAACUUCGUGGCGAUGAAAUUGUAAAUAGUCUUGUCAGGCAGGGAGCCAGCAGGCCGGUCGGGAUCGAGGCACCAACGAGGCAAUAAACGAAAAAUUCGAAAACACAGAAAAUUCACAGAAAAAAACAGUCACGAUCGAAGAAGGAAGGUAGCAGUGAGUGAGGGGAGGAUUUUGGAUUGAGAAAAGGUCGUUUAGGAACAGCAGCAGUAAAGGAAAGGAGCGCGUAGCACCGGAAUAGUCCUAUCUUCACCAUAUCACCAGUCGUUCAUCAUAGAAGUUAGCAGCGUGUAGAGAACGGUAGAUAAACAAUGUAUUGUAAUGUUGUGUGCUGGUUCGGUUCGGUUGCGUGGUGCUUCGUCAGAAGCAAUAGGCGUGCCCUCCGUCUAUAGAUAGAACUAUUCAAAAACCCAAAUUAAUUGAAGUAAAAGUCGAGUCGCUAGGGGUAGCAUUAAUUGUCGCGGUGCUAUGCUUUUGGGUUGAAGGUGGCAUCAUCAUCAUCAUCAUCACGCUGGGAUAGAAGAUUUGCGUUGAUUGUCCUGGUAGAUUGGAGGAAGAGGAUGAGUGACCGCGAUGGGUGCGAUUUUCGUAUACUUAUUACCAACAUAUUUCUGUUUUUACUGUUUACUCCGACGAUCGACGAUCAGAUCCCUCAGUCAGUGCGUGUCUUUACGAGGGCGGAAAAAGGGAGCGCGUGAGCGAGUGUACCACACCGGUAGGUAAAGUGUAUUUAAAUUUUAUGUAUAAUUUAGAGCAUAAGUCGUAAGUAGAAGCAACAACAACAGGAGCGAGAGUUCGCAAGAGUGGAAAAAAUGCGGUGAAAACAAAUCGGAAAUUGAAAGGAAAUCGAUCGAACAAAAGCAGACCAACGUGACUAUUGUUUUAUUCUUUCUCUCGAGCGAGCAAUAAAUGAAUUAAAACAAA